AACAUGCAACUCAACUACUACAGAGUCAUCUACUCCUGACUCAAGCAUUGCUCUAUACAGGAAUAUAAUAGGAUUAUUGGUUGCUGUGAUAGUGGUCAUGGUGCUAGUUUGUUGUUGUGGGUUUCUGAUGAUUCUAGUGUACAAGAGAUGCAGUAAAAUAAAGUCCCAUGAAAUAGCAACAUUGGAAAUGAGGAAUCUUGACAGAUCAUCAUCUGCAUAUGACUAUCAGCCUAACCAACUUCAAAAUCCUACUCUUCAUUCAUACACAACAAUGGAGUCUCAGUUCGGCUUAAGAAACUCUGGACGAUAUGAAAGUCUUAAAAAAGUCGAACAACCUUACCUGCAACCACCUUCCAUUGGGACAGUUUCUUCACCACAAGGAUAUUAUGCAAUGUAUGAAACAUUAACUAAUAAUGAAGGUGGGGAUGAGUCGUAUUGGGCACCAGCUAACGUAGAGCAAGAACUGUACAAUCAGUUAGAACGCAUUAAAGUAAAGAGGAUACCAUCGGUUGAAAUAAAAGUGUUGGAGUUGCUUGGUAGUGGUUACUUUGCUACAGUUAACAGAGCAAUGUGGCUCAAACCAAACGGAGGAGAAGAAGAGGUUGCAGUGAAGAUCCUCUCAGAAAAAGCCGACAAUGAAGAGAAGAUAAAAUUCCUUCAAGAAGCAGCUCUCAUGGGUCAAUUUAAACACACUAACGUACUAACACUGCAUGGAGUGAUUAGUACAGAUGCUAAUGUUAUGAUUGUCACUGAGCUAAUGAAAGGUGGUGAUCUACAUCACUGGCUCCUGAAAAGAAAAGUUGAAGAAGAAAUAGCUCAAGAGCCUACAGCAACUCCAGGGAUUUUACUUAAUUUCUGUAGACAGAUUUGUCUCGGGAUGUGUUAUCUAUCGUCAAGGAACUUUGUACAUCGUGAUCUUGCAGCAAGGAAUAUACUAGUGACCCAUGAUAAUAUUUGUAAAGUGUCUGAUUUUGGCAUGUCCCGUGACUUGGAUGAAGAAGAGGAUUAUUACUUAGCAGGAGAAGGAUUACCCAUUCCAGUCAAAUGGACAGCACCUGAAGCAAUUAAACAACGCAAGUAUUCAUCGGCAUCCGAUGUAUGGAGCUAUGGCUGUCUCAUGUAUGAGAUAUGGAGUCUUGGACAUAAGCCAUUUGCAGCAUUGAAGAACAGUGAAACUUUAAAGACAAUUACAACAGGCAAAAGGCUUGAACCUCCCCCAGGCUGUCCAAGAAGCAUGUACGAGAUAAUGAUAAAAUGCUGGCAUCCUGAAUCAAAGAAGAGGCCAGCUUUUAAUGAUGUAAUGCUGUUAUUGUUAAAAGAUGAUUCCACAUUGUUAUUGAUACCAGAUGAAGAUAGACUCACUCAUUCUGAGGCUGGUCAGUUAGGUGCUCCUCUUGAAGCUGGAGAUAAGCUAUACACUGACCUGCAGUCAAUGUAUAUUGAUGAUGCUUAAAUGACUUUAAAAACCUAUUGUAGUGUUUCUGUAGUCUCCUUGUAUUAGUGUGUGUCACUGCAUUGGAUACAGUAGUAAAACUAUAUUUCAGAUUUUGUUAUAAAUCUUUAUGUCCUUUUUACAACAUCAAA